AUGAAGUUCACCACUUUCGUCCCCUUCCUCUUUGCUCUUGGAGCCGCUGCGCAGCAGAGCGCCCCCGUUGUUGGCGAGGCUGUGCUCGAUCUCUCUGAGAAUCGCCCAAGCCAUGCUGACGUUGAACGUUCUGACGUUCAGCUCGUGGGUACCAACUCUCGCAACCCACGCAGCCUCCGAAGCGGAAACCUCCUCAAGCGUGAAUGCCAGGGAGCCAACAGCUAUGGCUGCUCUGCUAAGGGUUGGUGCUGGAAGGAAUGUGGCAGUGGUAACUGGUGCUGGACUGCUCACAAUGGUGGCAGUGGCCAGUGGAUUUCGUGUGGCUCAUCCAAUGACUGCAACCGUAACCAGGCUUGCAGCAUCGGCGGCUGCGGAGAGUGCGGAUGCAGCGGAUGCACCAAAUAA